AUGUUUUUAAAUGAUUACAAAAAUUAUUUCAAGGCUGUUGCACACUCGCAAACUACAGUCUAUUUCUACAGUCUACAGUCUGUUUCAGUCAGCAGUUUUGCAUCGGCGAAACUGAACUCAUCGCCUACUGCAAAUAAUGAGGUCGAUGCACCGUGCCCCGCCGCUCCUCGUGUCUCUCCACGUGCAGAGAACACGUCACGCGAAGCUACGUCGACCCCCAAAGUAGCUUACGCCGCAAUUGCUGCCGCAAACACGACAGCUGCUACACUACCUAAGCAGCCAAAAAGGGGUAAGCAGAACCGGCGCUGUGAAUCCGUAUCAAGGAUUCCGGUACAGCGCUGUCCAGGAAAGCCUGAGUGUGAUGAGGAUGGCUUCAUCAAAGUCCAAAAGAAGAAGAAGAAGAAGCCUACUUCUCGCAAUCAGUGCGGUACUGGACUGACCGGACCUAACAUGCUGCUGCGUCCAGCUGUGCCUACGACGCUGCUGUAUGUGUCCCGACUACACCAAACCACGAAGGUUGAGGACAUCGUGGAGUAUGUGAAGGUGAAGACCAACUGGACCUUGAGGGUCGUAAGGUUGGAACCGCGUCAAAAUACCAACUUCAAGUCGUUUGUGGUGCGAGUUCCAACUCAACAUCUCGAGAAGUUCCUCAAGGCAGAAUUUUGGCCGUAGGGUGUCAUAUACCGACGUUUUCGAGGCAGGCUACGUGACACCGAGCAGCGUAAUACGACGCCACGCAUCGUCACAUCGUGUGACCUUAAUAA